CCUGUGCCUCCUUAUUCCUGCGGCAAACCUCGGCCUGUGUAUGUGUGUGUAGGCCCCGCCCCCUUUCUCCGCGCGCGGCACUUCAAGGUCGAAGGCCGAGCCGUGCACUGCGGAUGCGAUCUGCGCGCGCGUUCCUUUCCCUCUUCCUUUUGCAAGUGGCACCGGGCGCGCGGCCUCCGUCUGCGCGUGCGCGGCAACAGUUUUAAAAGCACAACACUUAUCAGCUGCAAUGGAACGUGUGUUUACUCCACUGGAAUGUCUGCUUCCCACUGGAAACCUGAAGAUUUGCCUUCUGAUUCUCAACCAGCCUUUGAACAAAGAUCAUUUUCAUCAUCUGUGGAGUAGAGCUGUAUUGAGAGCAUGUGUUGAUGGAGGUGCUAAUCACUUGUAUCGCAUCACAGAAGGAUAUCGCGAAAGUUUUUUGCCUGAUUUUAUCAGUGGGGACUUUGACUCCAUUACGCCUGAAGUAAAGGAGUAUUACGCAGUCAAGGGGUGUGAGCUCAUAGAGACUCCAGAUCAAGAUUUAACAGACUUCACCAAAUGUCUUGAGGUACUCCUGAAGAGGAUAGAAAAGAAAGCCUUGAAGAUUGAUGUGAUUAUAACCUUGGGUGGACUUGAAGGUCGAUUUGACCAAAUCAUGGCAACUGUGGAGACUCUCUUUCAUGGAAUUAAGAUAACCUCCUUUCCCAUCGUAGUUAUUCAGGAGACGUCACUGAUAUACCUACUGCAGCCUGGAAAGCAUAAAUUGCUUGUAAACACAGGAUUAGAAGGCAAAUGGUGUGGCCUCAUUCCUAUUGGGAGCGCUUGUGAUUGCGUUACUACAACAGGCCUAAAGUGGAACCUUGAUGGAAGCAUUCUCAAGUUUGGGAAACUUGUCAGCACUUCAAAUACAUACGACGGCUCUGGGGUAGUGAUCAUUGAAACCGAUAAGCCUUUGCUUUGGACAAUGGGCAUCCAAGAGAAAGAAAGUGCUUAAAAGGUUACCACUGCUAAUUUUGUUCAGUCAGAACUUUAAACUGACAUCUCCCACAGAUCUUCAACUAAUAAUGCAAAUAGAUUUGUGUAAUGACCUUAAAGAUCAUUGUACAUUUUAUCAUCAAUUUUACUCAUCAGCCUUUGUUUGCCACAUCAAUUAUAGGUAUUUUAAGAAAUGUAUUCUUGGAACAAGUUUGCCUUUUUAAAGCAUUUUUUGAUAGAGGUUGCUUUUUAAGAUUUUGAAGGGGGAAGCUGAUAAACCAAAAUAGAUUUUAUUAACACAUGAUGCCUUCAAUAAAUGCAACGUGAUUUGCCCACUAGCCUGGAAAUAAAUAGGACUUUUUUUUACAAUGCCAAUAGAACUAUAAAUAUAGCCUCCACUGUAUACGUGUUUUCACACAUACUAGCAAGCAGUGCAAGAAGGAAGUCUAACCUUCUGAGGAGUAUGUAUACAUACCCAGGGUGCAAGAGACUUUCACCCUCAUAAAACUAUGGUGUAUGACUCUUUACUCCUAAAUCCUGCUAAUACAGUUCUUUCUAUCCCUCAUCCAUUGCCAGAUUUUAUGUCAUUAUGCUGUAGAGGAAAUGUAUAGCAAGCAACACACUCUUUCAGUGCAAGCAGAGAUCAAGCUCUUUUGCUUGAAUAAAAAGGUAAAGAGAAAACAAAGGAAGGGAUGCCUCCUAUUAAUAUAGCUGUAACAUCCAUAUGAGAAGCUUUGAAAUUACUUGUAAAUGAGGUUGUCAGCAUAACACAUGACAAUGUGUAUGUUAAUGAGAAAAGAAUCAAUCUAGUGCAAAUCCUAUUAAAUUGUCAAUGUAAACAGUAAGUAUAAGUUUUCAAUCUUGUCUAGUGUGGGAUUGUUAGCUCUUUGAAUCCCCAUGGGGAGAAAGGCGGGUACAAAUAAAGUUAAUAAUUUUUUAUUGUGUCAGAAGCGACUUGAGAACAUACUGCAAAUCGCUUCUGGUGUGAGAGAAUUAGAUGAUACAGAGAUGUUGCCCAGGGGACACCCGAAUGUGUUACCAUCCUGCUGGGAGGCUUCUCUCAUGUCCCCAAGUUAAUAAUAAUAAUAUAAGAGUAUCCCCUUGCUUAAAUCUGUAUGGACCACUAUAACACAUUUUUGAGCUACUGCUCAUCAUACUUGCUAAAGUUGUAACUGAACUGCAUUUGUAAAAAGGGAAUGUAACCUAAUGCCAUGUGUUAUGCUAAUUCAAUUUUUUAAAUGUUAAUGUUACUUUUGCUAUUGACAACAUAUAGAAGAGCAAAGAGCCCAGUCUGUUUGAAAUUGUAAGUCAAACAUCAUUAAAGAAAUGAAAGUCAGACCAGUUCUGUAGUUAACAUAACUAAGACGAUACACAAAACUUGUGAUGUCUACGCUUAUGUAUUCCAGUACGCCACUCACUGCAACAGAUAUCAUUGGUUCUUACUUCAAGAUUUACACCAAAUGUACCCCCAGAUGCUUUGUAUUACAAUGUGUACAAAAAAAAAACCAAGAGAUCGCAGAAUUUAUCAAGAUGUGCUUGUAUUAACUAAACAGAAUGCCGCAACAGUUGUUCUUUAAAAACUGGUUUAUACUGACGAACAAUAAAAGAUGAUAUAAAGCCA